UCAUUGACUGUUGAUUGAUUGCUUACAGUUAUUCCAUCUCCUCCCUGCAAGUACGUCUCUUCCUAUCGACGCAUUCCUACUCAUACACACAGUCCCACCACUUUUUGUUACCCGUCGUCAUGCCAUUGGGUCGAUACGGAGUCGUCCUCCUCGCGGCGGCGGCGUCGUCGCACUGGGGCGAGACGUCGGCCUGGGCCCCGUUCGUAUCCCACCGGACACGUCCCCACCGCAUCACCACUCCCCGUCUCAUGUCCACAUCUCCCUCGAAUGCCGUCAAGCGUUUGCCGGAUUCGGCCGUCGAACUCGCCAUUCCCGUCCCGGCGGCGGCCACGCAGGCCGCCUACGACAAGGUUUGUCGGGAACUCGCCCGGACGGUGCAGAUUCCCGGAUUCCGCAAGGGAUCCCGGAUUCCUCCGCCCGUACUGGAACAAGCCUUGGCCGCCAAGGGGGGACGCAACGCGCUCAAGACGCAAGCGAUUAACGAACUCGUCGGGACGCUCGUGGAACCCGCGCUCAAGGACGCCAACCUACAACCCAUUGGACAACCCACCUUGCUCGUGCCCGCCGAAGAACUGGCCAACGACUUUGAAGCCGGCAAGAGUGUCACUUUGACGGUCCGGUGCGAUGUAUGGCCGGAUGUGGAAUGGAAACGGGAUCCGGACCGGGCGGACGAUCCCGACGCCAAACCCUAUUUGGGUUUGACCGGAUCCUACCGCCGCAAACCAUUCAAUCAGCCGAAACUCGAUUUGGCGCUGAACGAUUUGCGGGAGCGCUACGCAACCCUCGUACCCAUCACCGACGCCGAGUAUCGGUUGCAAAUGGGUGACGCCUGUACGGUCAAUAUGGUCGGUUACCUCGCCACUCCCCAAGGCGACAAGGGAGAACCCUUGCCCAACGCCGCCUCGGGAGACCGCGUCGAAGUCAUUCUCGGUACGGGACGAUACAUGGAAGGACUCGUCGAAGGAUUAGUCGGAGCCAAAGUAGGCGAAACCAAAGCCGUGCAAGUUAACUUUCCCGAGAAACUCCGCGACAAGUCUCUGGCGGGCAAACGGGCUAUUUUCGAUGUGGAAGUAUUGGAAGCGUCCGAACGACAGGUCCCCGAAGUCACGGACGAAUUCGCCGUCCAAGUCAAGGCAGGGUUAACCGCGGACACCCUCCUGGCCGAGCUCCGUAAGGCCAUUGACGCCGAAGACGCCAAAGAAUUCACUCCCGCCCGGAACAAGGCCCUCGGACAAGCCUUGGCCGACGUCAUGGACAUGCAAGUUCCGGAUACCCUCGUUUCCAACCAAGCUCGCGAAAAAUUCGCCGUCAUGAUGUCCGAAAUGCGCGACAGUGGCGUUUCGGACGAAGAAAUCAAACGACAGAUCAAUCCGGAAAACUUUGCCAAGUACAAGGAAAUUGUCAAGGACGAUAUUAUCAAAGAUUUCAAAGUGUCCAUUGCGGCCGACGAAAUUGGACGUUUGGAAAACGUGCAGGUUCCGGACUACCAGGUGGAAGAGCAGAUGGAAGCGAUUCGCAAGGACGCGGCCGAGUCCAAACAAGAAUUGGACGAAAACAUGAUUCGCGGAAAGGUUGAGGCUACGCUGCAGCGUCAAGCUGUCUUUGAUUGGCUGGCCGAAAGGUCCCAACUGCAAGUAGAAUUCGAAGACGAUUACUUCGACGAAGCCUUGAUGGAGAAGCUGGCCAAGGAAUCGUUGGAACGUGAGGAACAGAUUGCGGCCGGAAAAGCUGCAACCCCCGAAUCAGGUAAGCUCGAGCCCGUGGGUGUAGAGGCUCCCGCUGCCGUGGAUGCUGCUGUGGAAGAAAACGUAGUCCCUGUUCCGGCGGAGACCGAACCGGAACCCAAGGCGGAGAAAAAGGAAGACGAAACCGUCGUGGAAACAACGGCUCCGGAGCCAGUCCCGGAGGAAGAACAAAAAGAUCCGGUAGUCGCCGAAACGACGGAAGACGAAGAGGCCAAAAAGGAGAGAUACGCCAGCAUGACUCUGGAAGACCGGGCGUUUGCCAUUUUACAAGACAUUGGACUUGCGGGAGGCGACGAGACCACUACGAAGAAGUAAUAUGCUAACACAGUCUCUUGUCCUUUGCAAAUUAUGCCUUUUCCAACCACUCUACUUGCCGACCUACCUACCUGUAUUUAAAGCAGCUUCCGGUUAGUGCGGCACCAAUACCAGCAAUCGCUAUUGACAUGGAUAAAUGGCCUUGUGGAACUGUAGGAUUUCUUUUCCUGUC